AGAAAAUUGUGUGACAACACAGCAAUAUUCAUGCUCCAUCAUUAGCCAUCACCUAGUUCCUACCCCUUUAAAUGACAAUAUAUAGAGGGGCGGUGUCUGCGCUCAUGGAUCUGGAGUGGCUGGACGACACUGAGCUGCAGCAGUUUUUCCACUGCAAGAAGACGGAGUUGUCCUGUAUGGAGAAGCCGUGCACGUUUCUCCGUCAGCUCAGGGACCAUGACCUCAUCACGGAGGAUCGUUACAAGAGGAUAAUUCGUAUGAAGAGUAAAGAGAACAUAAAAAAUGGCAUGUAUGAUUCGCUGGACUGGCUGGAGAAAGAAAGACCAAAACACAUCAGAAGGUUUUGGCUCUGCAUCUUCCAGGACAUCAUCCUGAACCAAUACCCGGAUCUGAAACUGCUGCGCAACUCUCUCAUAGACGGGUCCUUCCCAUUUUUCAAAACAUUACCCAGCGGGGUAGAAAAGGAAGACACAAAUGACAGGAAGAGGAAAAAGCCCCCUACAGACGAGGAUCAGCAGGACAAGCGACAGACGACGAGGAAAGGGAAAACCCCGAGAACUGGGCGUGUUUGCGGCGAGGAGGAGGAGGAGGAGGAGGAGGGGGAGCUAAACCCAACCUCACAAAUGACCAGAGGGAAUAAGAAGAGGGCCCGGAAGCCAGUCUUCAGUUCUCCAAUGAAGAAGGGAGAGAAGCAAGAAAUCUGGACCUGGCCGAUCUAUAAGACCCAGCUGCCGGUGAAUUGUGGCGAUCAGCAGGGUUUUCUGGUCAGAGAAAGACUGGCUAAAGGAGAGAAAUGCAUCCAGGCUAAAAGAACAUGGUUCACUCCAUGGGAAUUCGAAGAGUUUGCCGGCAAGAACUGGAAGAACUGGAAGCGAAGCAUUCACUGUGCGGGCACGCCCUUGGGACAACUCAUAAAGCUCGGACACCUGGAAUGUGCAGGCUACAACCACAGGAAAAGGAGAAAGGCCAUUAGAUCCUUAUUUCCCUCUAGCCAAACAGAGGGCUCCGUUACAGGCGGUGAGGAUGAAGAUGAGGAUGAGGAUGAAGAUGAGGAAAAUGGCCGGGACAGUGAGGAGCAGGCUUCAACAAGAGAGAAAGACUCUACUGGAGAGAGCACACACUCAGAUGAAGAAGUAGAGGAAGAGAAGGGGGAGGAGGAGGAGACCGAGCCGAUUCCAGGCAGCAGCCAUGUCAGUCGUGGCAAAACAGUGUUUAAUGUUACAUGUGGUGCCAAAGCUGGGAUAUUACACAAAACUCGAUUUGCAUCAGGGACACGUGGGAAGAGUGUUCGUACAGAGGCCAGCUGGAUGAACCCAGAGGAGUUUGUGAGAGAGGGAUCAUCGGAGUCAGACCCUUCCUGGAAGAGGGACAUCCAGUGGGAGGGGAAACCUCUCAAUGUGUUGAUUGAGGCAAAAGUCUUGCAAAUCCACUCGAUGCUUUGCAAGUGCAAACUGUGCAGUCAAGAUCCUAAAGUCCAGGAGGAUCAGAGGAAUGAUGACGACUGUUUCAUCUGCAGGCGUGACGGCGGAGUGGAUGUCCUGGUGGAGUGUGACCGGUGCCCCCGCUCCUUUCAUCAGAGAUGUCACCUCCCCAACAUUGAUGAUACUGUGAAACAGUCUAAGCAAGAAUGGAUCUGUACAUUCUGUAUAUUCAAAACCAGUCAAGGGUGGCGUAAUGCAGACCAGAGGACCAAACACACAGCCCUGUCACGCGAAGUAUCAGCGCACUUGCUGGAAUGCCAGUAUCUCCUUCUGUCCCUAUACAACGCAGAUGAGGAUCAGAUCUUUGCUACAAACCCAACACUCACUGUAAGGGGCUACGCUGACCACAUCAGGACUCCUAUGUGGUUGGAAAAGGUAGCGGAGAAGCUCCAUGAGAAAAGCUACCAGACAGUUGGACAGUUUGCGUCUGACGUCCAGCUCAUCUUUACCAACUGCAUCGAUUUCAACAGGGACAAUGAAGAAUUCAGCGCCAUGGGGGUCAAGCUGAAGGAGUUAUUUGAGAGAGAGUUUAACAGCGUGUUCUGCAUCCAACAGGAGAGCGAGUAAAGAUGACCAGUCUGUCUUCUGAAAUUUGUCAAAUAAUGGAAAACUUGUUGCCCAUUUCUCGGGGGUCACCACAGUGGUUUCUAUAGUUUCGAUUGGUACCCUGUGAGGACACAGCACCAGCGGCGGUCGUUGUUAACCCAGGCCUCAGCCGAUCCCAUAUGGAGCUUUUUUUGGGGGGGGGAUUUCUCCCCUCCAUUUUUCUCCCCAAUUGUAUCCGGCCAAUUACCCCACCCUUCAGAGUUGCCAGCCGCUUCUUUUCACCUGACGGUGAGGAGCUUCGCCAGAGAGACGUAGCGCGUGGGAGGGUCACGCUAUUCCCCCCAGCUCCCCCUCCCCUCCCGAACAGGCACCCCCACCGACCAGAUGAGACGCUAGUGCAGCGACCAGGACACAUAACCACAUCCGGCUUCCCACCCGCAGACACGGCCAACUGUGUCUGUAGACCAAGCCGGAGGUAACACGGGGAUUCGACCCGGCGAUCCCCAUGUACUACUGAUUUGGCAAAAUUUUACAUCGGAUGCCCUUCCUGAUACAACCACUAACCCUAUGGACAGGGGCACAGGUAACGUGCUGGAUGCCAUCCCAGUGUUCAUAGAUUUGCGCUCAUGCCUGUCUCCCAAUCAAGGAUCUGGUUUGUUAAUUAUUCAUGUUUUAUAUUUGCUUCUUAGGGUAAUUUUACUUACAGCCUAAUGGUUUUUAAGAUGAUAUCCAAAGCUGUAUAUUAUCCUGCAAAACAGAAACAAAACUUAAACACCCCUGCCUGCCUUACACACACACACACACACACACACACACACACACUGCUUGGACACUGCUUGGUGUCCUCUUCAUCAUAUUCUUCAUAUAUUUUAUAAUUCUAUUAUAAUCCUGGUUUCCUCUUUCAAUGUUGUAUUCUGUAAAUUGUGUUUUAUUCUGUACAUACAAUAUCCAUUGCACGUCUGUCCGUCUUGGCAGAGAGGUCCCUCCUCUGUUGCUCUCCCUGAGGUUUCUUCCUAUUUUUCCCCCCAUUAAAGGUUUUUUAGGGAGUUGUGCCUUAUCUGAUGUGAGGGUCUAAGGACAGGAUGUUAUAUUGCUCGAAAGCCCUCUGAGGCAAAUUUGUAAUUUGUGAUGAUAGGCUAUACAAAUAAAAUUGACUUGACUUGACUUGACUUGACUUGACCAUGCCAACCCCACACCACCCACCGCAGCCAUUAAACAUUAAACCCCACCGUAAUUAUUUUGAGCUUCCAGUCAAGCUGGCAUGUCAAAUCCACCAGACCAUAAUCACGCACCUAUUGGUCAAAAGCUGAAUAACCAGUCCAGCUGAGCAGGUAUGCCUUGAGUCCAAUAGACCAAGUACUGACAUUUCACUCACAAACCACAAGACAAGGAAACAAUGGAUUAAAUCAUCCCAAGGCAGUGUGUGACUCUGGACUAUGGCAAUGUUUGUGUUCACUGAAAACCACCCAAGCAGACAGCACACCAGUUAUUACUGAUACAUAGUAACGUGACUUACUAGGAACUGACUACAAUGUCAUCCUAAGGUAAGGACACUGCACAGCUGAAUGCAGGUUUCAAAAUAAAGCUCACUAAGUGAGCUAGGCAACUUCACACACAACUGCAAAAGCCAACGUAUAAUGAACUCGACAAACUGACUCCCAACACAAUAUAGCAGCAUUACAUCACCGUGAUGCAAUGCACAUUAUGCAAGCAGCAUAUCAAAUAAACUCAUCCACAAAUAUACAGUGACACACAACCAUGACAGAUAAUACUGCCCAGGGGACAGACAGCAUAAUCAAAUGCUAUUACCUUUAUAAGUUCUUAUUUCUUGACUUUUUCUUUGCAAACUCUGAUCAAGUCCUCAAAAUCCAGCUGUGCAUUGCUGUAACCGACAGACGCUUCCAGGCUAUCUACUGCUAGCUAGCUCAACACCCUCCGUCGGAAUGCCCUCUUCUUCGUUUUGUUUAGCUUAUUUUUUUAAAAAGCUGUUUAGUAGCAGGACAUUUUUUAUUGUGACCACUCCUUUCACUUCCUUUCCUUUCUUUUAACCUUGACUUGGCUUGAGAAAAACUGAUCUUGAAUCUGUGCAAUGUAAGCCGCCAGCUCUCUAUGCCCACCCUCCUUGACCACUAGCCAACCUAUACAGUGCAUUGCCGCUUGCUCACCAGUCAACACUUGCCCAGCUAUCUCACCAAUAAAACAAUUAUGAGACUUAAUUUUCUUGGAAACAACUUAUAUUUCAUUCUGACCCACAUAUUUCUGUGGAGCCCAACAUAAAAAAAUAAUAAUAAUGUACUCCUGUCGCAGAGGGCCCUUUUGCACUCAGGGGCCCCUGGGCAUGUGCCCAGAUUGCCCAUUGAUAGAUCCAGCAGCACUGCUGCUGAACUAACUCAUUAGAAUAAAUAAGCAUCAUAUGUGAAAAAUGUGGUUCUUACCAUGGGUUUUAAUUUUCUUUUAAAUCUCCCUCCACCUCUAGUAUAGUAGCCUGGCUGUAACAUAGUAGCAUUAGCCACUGAGUCACUUUUACAAAUACUUAUUCGUGCUUGGAGUCUGUGUGAGAAAAUGUGUUGUGUGGACCAUGAAGAGGUCCGCUGAUGACCUGCCCUCCACCUAAUGCCUGCUCGGUGGCCUUGAAUUACAUUAAGUGGGUUUGGCAAAUUAAUAAAAGAAUUAAAGUUGCUAUAGCAAUCUAUUUGGCUCUAUUCUGUAAGACGGAGUUUGUGGAAGAAAAUGUAUUGCAAGUAUUUGUAAGCAGAAAUUGCACUGCAUAACUGCAGCCUAUAUUAAUGUUCCAAAUUAUUUUAACCAAAUGUGAUAGACUGUUUUGGCUGUUUAGCACUGUUGUUCUGUCUUACUUUGUAUAAAUGAUGCCGUUUAAAUUGAUGAAAAGAAACAAUGUGACGGAAGGUGUGUAUUUUCAGGCUGGUUUUAUAAAUAGGACCCCUUAUAAUGUAGAGUCCCACUUACAUAACAUUAACAUGUAAACUCUUAUGUUGUGUUCAUGUUUGUGUGUAUGUCCACGUGGUAGCACAGAUGGCAGAUAGAUUUGCAAGCAAUUUGCGUCGAUGAUACAUACAUAAACAAUGCAUAAUCUAAUGUCUUUGAUUUUUUUCCUUUUGGUUUGUUUUGCAGUCAGUAAAACAGAAAUAAACUUAAUGAAUUUUUCAUAUAAUUGA